AUCACAGCUCCCUAUCUCCACAUAGGGGCAAUAACCAUCAUGGUCCUGCUGUCCUGGCCUGUGGCUCUUCAUGCCAUCAGAGCAGAUAAGAAAGUUGUUCAGGUGGUAAUUGUUGGUCCAUACCUGGCUAUCCUUCUCUUUCUUUUCUUGAUACCUCUGGGGAUGUACUCUCCUUGCAUCAGAGAGGUGGGAACACUUGGACCAAAGCCAGCUCUCAUUGGACAUCGUGGAGCACCAAUGCUAGCACCAGAAAACACCGAGAUGUCAUUUCAGAAGACAAUUGAACAUGGUGGGGAUGGUCUUGAAACAGAUGUCACCAUUAGCUAUGAUGGAGUUCCUUUCCUCAUGCAUGACAGCACCUUGAGGAGGACAACUAACAUCAAGGAGGUCUACCCCAAUGACACUGCUCAGAACGCUGCGUUGUUCUCCUGGGAUACCCUGAAGGAGUUGAAUGCUGGAACAUGGUUCCUUAAGGACAAACCAUUUUCAUGCAUGGGCUCACUGUCAAGGGCAGAUCAAAACCAGGCAAUGAAUCAGUCAAUUUACAAGCUAAGUAAUUUCUUGCGCCUCGCAGACAGUCAGAAUAAACUUGUGAUAUUUGAUCUCUACCGCCCUCCAGAAAAACAUCCUUACAGGAACUCAUGGAUCAACAGAACCCUGGAAGUCAUCCUCAACGAGUCGGGGAUUAGACCCCAUCUGGUCCUGUGGCUGGAGAACGACAUGAGGUCCUUUGUUCAGUCCGUUGCUCCUGGGUUUCAGCAGACAAUGGGCAGUAAAGCCCCAGUUGAAGACCUGUUGAUGGACAAUAUCGUCAAACUCAAUCUGGCCUACACCGAAAUGUCUAGUGAAGAUAUCCGGAAAUACGCUGAGGCAAACAUCACCACCAACCUCUAUGUGGUCAAUGAGCCAUGGCUUUUCUCGCUGGCGUGGUGCUCCGGGGCACACUCUGUGACCACCAAUGCUGUCCACAUGCUGAAGAACCUCAACCAGCCACUCUUCCUCAUGACUCCGCAGCAGUACAACAUCAUGUGGAUCCUGACAGAUCUGACCUCUGCGCUCCUUGUCUCGCUCAUCUUUGCUCUGCACUGGUGGCGAGAGCGGAGUUUCUCCUGCUGUGCCCAUGACGGUGGCUCGAUGCUGGAGAGUGGCACCUACAACAAGUUCAGGACAGAGCUCAGCGACAUGCCUGCCGUCAUGGCCUGA